AUGAAUUCCCUCCAUUCAGCCCUUCCACUCAUCCCGCUACAACUACCUGACCUGCCCAUUUAUGAGCACGCCCAACUCUUCAUCGGCACUGCCGCUUGUCUUGCCGCAGCAGGAGUAUUUGCUCGCGCUUACCUUGUGAAAUCAGAGAGUAACCUUCCUCUGCCACCUUCUCCUCCAAAUUGGACAUUUCAGGGGCAUACCCUGCCACCUCGCAGGCCAUUCCUCACUAUGGCGGAAUGGAUUGACGAGUAUGGCCCUGUGAUCACCACUCGGUCAAGAUUUACCAAGGUUGUAAUUGUUGGCAGUUACAAAGCCGCCGUUGAAAUUAUGGAGAAUCAGGGUAAAUCGGUAGCUGAUCGUCCUCGCUCGAUUUCUGCUGGAGAGUUGUUUAGCGGCGGAAUGUCUCUUACCUUUGCACCCGUUGGGGAGAGGUUCCGUCGGAUGCGGAAGGCACUUCAUUCCCAUCUUCAGCCUAAAGCAGCUGAGACUUAUCAGCCCCUUCAAUCGUCGCACGCGAAGAACGUGGUUCUAAACAUUCUCGAUGAUCCCCACAACUUUCGGAACCAUGUCUUGAGUUAUGCGGCCACGACAGUUAUGAAAGUUGCAUAUGGCAAGUCUACGCCUACGUCUGCGACUCAUCCUGAAGUCAUCGAGUUGCACCGAAAUAUGGAGGUAUUUGCAAAACUCCUGCGUCCUGGUGCUUUCCUGGUGGACUCGAUCCCAUGGCUCAAGUACCUUCCUUGGUAUGGCCGAGAAUUAAAACGGGGAUAUGAAACGUACAAGAGAAUACACACUGGUCAGUUGAACCGCGUGGGCGAGCAAAUAAAAAGUAAUGAAGACACCGGCCCUUCGCUCGCGAGAUUUAUACUUGAAAAUCGCGAGCAUGGUUUAGGAGAGACCGAGUCGGCCUUUCUUGUUGGUUCCAUGUUUUCAGCUGGAUCUGAUACAACUGGUUCAGCAAUAUGCACGGUGCUGAUGGCAGCCGCACGUUUUCCCGAGGAGCAAGCGAAAGUUCAGGCUGAGCUCGAUGCAGUCGUCGGAAGGCACCAAGCGCCGACCUUUGCCGACCAAAAGUCCCUUCCUCGCAUGCAGGCAUUCAUCUAUGAGGCUUUAAGAUGGAGACCAUUGGCUACCAAUGGGGUUCCUCACCGAACAAACGAAGACGUGAUAUGGGCAAUCCAUCAGGAAAACUAUCGUAUUCCGGCUGGGACUACGGUAUACGGCAACCAUUGGUCCAUCACUCGGGAUCCAGACGCCUACCCGGAGCCUGACGCGUUCAAGCCUGAGCGCUGGAUCGACGACCAUGGUAACCUGAAAGAAAAUAUAAAUUUAUUCUUUAUCUACGGGUUUGGUCGGCGUGUAUGCCCCGGUCAGCAUCUCGCGCAAAGAUCGGUGUUCAUAAGCACCCUCCUCGUUAUUUGGGCCUUCCGGCUCACGCUGGAUCCUACGAAACCGGUGGAUGACAUGGAAUUCAUAAUUGGGGAGAAAGCAGAUUCCCCGUGCGUGAUUGAGUUUGAGGCGAGGGUUCCGGACGCAGAACUCAGGCACAUAAUGGAGGAGUACUGUCCUGAUUCAUGA